AUGGCUAGUAGAUUACCAGACUACUACAAGAUACUAGAAAUAGAUGUCACUGCAGAUAUAGAGAUUGUAAAGAAAGCUUACAAGAAGAUGGCACUAAAAUAUCAUCCAGACCGAAACAAGGGUAAUGAGAAAGACUCUGAAGAACACUUUAAGUUGGUUUCAGAGGCAUAUGCAGUGUUGUCGGAUACGGACAAGCGACGGGACUAUGAUAUAGCAUCACGUGAACCACCCCCUCCUCCUCAUAUGGGCGGUAGUGGAGCGGGCAUCAACAUUAAUGUGACGACCAACAAGUUUCGACGUACUCCGAUGGGACACGACGAGAUGUUUAACAUCUUUAACAACUUUUUCAGACAAAAGGGAUUCGCGGGCAUGCACCAUCACCAUCAUAGUACUGGUGGCUUCCAGAUGAAUUCGACGUCACCAUUUGGCCCGACUCCACAUGGUAUGGAUCCAUUUCAACAGUUUCACAACAAUCUACACGACUCGUUUGAAGGAAUGUUUCAAUUUGGCGGUAGUCCGACUUUUAGAUCGCCCAAACCACAACACCCACAACACCAACAUCAACAUCACCAACAUCACGCGCAUCAACAUCAUCAUCACCAUCAACAUCCGUUCCAAGCACCUCCACCCCCACCUCCACCACAACAUCCAAACUUUGGAUCACCCAUCAAUAUCGACGAUUCACCAACCACCGAGGAAGAGGAACAGUCGCCAUCAUCAUCGACGUCAUCGUCAUCGGUGCGUCAACGAAUCCUACAUCGAUACAAUAUGGCACUCUCGUUCCAAGAGUCAAUAUUUGGUUGCGAAAAGUCUGUCAAGUUUCCUGUAAAGACAGAAUGCGAUAAAUGUGCCGGAUCGGGCAGUGCAUCCAAGCAACGCGACUACACCACCUGUCCCAACUGCACGGGUAAUGGUAGAGUGUCCAAUUUUCUCAUGGCGUUUGUGUGCGACAUGUGCGAUGGGAAAGGUGUCACCUUGCGCAACCCCUGUAAUUUCUGCAAAGGUGAUGGUAUCAUGACUCAAAAUUAUGAAGAUACCAUUAUCAUUCCUGCAGGUAUAUCUGAUAAUUCUUGUCAAACAACAGUAUUAAAAGUAAAAAGAGCAAAAUCAUUAACAUCAUUUGAUGAACAUGAAUUGAUUAUAAAGUUUGAGGUGGAGAGACACCCAUUUUUUAUUCGAGAAGGAAAUAAUGUGAUUAUUGGCGUACCGAUCAGUACGACACUGGCACUGUUUGGCGGCAAUUUAGAGGUGCCCACGAUAUAUGGCAAAAAUGCCGUGGUUGCGGUACCCCCCUACGAAGGACAGUCAAACUAUGGUAUAACAGCUCCACGAUGUGGCUUUAAAGACCCAGAUGGCAGGGGUGUUGGAGACAUGAUUAUCAACUUUGUCAUUGAAACACCGGCAAUGUCAACACUAACAGCACGCGAAAGAGAAUUGUAUAGAGAGAUUGCAUUGAUUGAAAAAACAAAACAACCCUCAAAACUACAAACUCAAUACUAUGAACAAAUUGGUGUUUGGAAUAAUAGUUUAAAGAAUUUUAUAGUUGUUGAUUCUCCUCCUCAACAACAAGCUCAACAACAACAACAACAAUCGAUGCAACAACAUCUUCAACAACAACAGCAACAUUUACAACAACAACAACAACAUCUUCAACAACAACAACAACAUGUUCAUCAACAACAUCUUCACCAACAAAACAUUCAACAACAACAUCAACAACAACACCAACAACAACACCAACAACAUUUUCAACCACAAUCACAUUUUCAACUUUUCCAACAACAACAGCAACAACAACAACAACAGCCAUUUGUAAAUUUAGUAUCAAGUACGAGAGUAUCCUCUCCUACCAUUUCAUCACCACUAAACGGAUUUUCGUCAAAUUCAAUACAUGUAGAUAGCUUUACUUUUAAUAUUGGUCAACCUCAACAAUCUUCAUCGUCGUCGUCGUCGUCUUCAUCUUCAUCAUCAUCAACAACUUCCUCUUCUACCUCAUCGUCCACUUCCUCGUCCACUACUUCUUCGUCAACCUUGUCUUCGUCAUCGUCCAAUAAUAAACCAAGUAAAAUAUAG